AUGAUAACAAUGUUUUCAAAUUCGAAAUUACUGUGGGCGCUAUCUGAAGUGGUGAACUACUGUGCGUCGCGGACAUCACUACCGCUGUUGGCGGUGGCGGGUAUAGCGAUGUUGGUGUUGAUAUUGGCUUCGUAUAUACGAGAAACCCGCCAGCUGCCUCCUGGACCGUGGAGUCCACCCAUCGUUGGCUACCUGCCGUUCCUUGGAGUACGUCACAAGACUUUCUUAGAACUAGCACGUCAAUACGGCACUCUGUUCUCCGCGAGACUAGGCAAUCAGUUGACGAUUGUAGUUAGCGACUACAAACUUAUCAGGGAAGCUUUUCGGAGAGAAGAAUUUACCGGGCGUCCCAGUACUCCUUUAAUGCAUACCUUGGAUGGUCUUGGUAUCAUCAACAGCGAGGGCCGCCUCUGGAAGAGUCAGCGCCGUUUCUUGCACGAUAAAUUGCGAGAAUUCGGCAUGACUUACAUGGGCAAUGGCAAGAAAAUCAUGGAACGCAGAAUUAAGAAUGAAGUAUAUGAUCUCAUUGAGAAUCUACACCGUGCUGAGGGUGCUCCUAUCGAUGCAAACCCCCUCCUCGCCCUGAGUGUAUCAAACGUAAUUUGUGGGAUUACAAUGUCAGUGCGCUUCAGCCAUGGUGACAUUCGUUUUGAACGGCUCAAUAAUUUGAUUGAAGAGGGAAUGCGGCUCUUUGGCGAAGUACACUACGGAGAAUACAUUCCACUGUACAAUUAUCUCCCCGGAAAAGCGGAAGCUCAGGAAAAAGUAGCUAAGAAUCGCGAAGAAAUGUUUGCAUUCUACCAAACUUUGAUAGAUGAACAUCGUGAAACUCUUGAUGUCGAUAAAGUGAGAGAUCUUAUCGACGUCUAUCUUGUCGAAAUUGAAAAAGCCGAGGCUGAAGGCAGAGCAGAAGAACUCUUCGAGGGAAGGGAUCAUGAUUUGAAAUUUUUUACAGCAUUGCAGUUAAAGCAAAUUCUUGGUGAUCUCUUCUCUGCCGGUAUGGAAACGAUCAAAUCGUCUUUGUUAUGGAUGAUUGUCUUCAUGUUGAGGAACCCUGACAUUAAGAGACGCGUCCAAGAAGAACUCGAUGUCGUCGUUGGUCGCGAACGGUUACCUACAAUCGAAGACAUGAUUAAUUUACCCUACACAGAAACCACAAUACUGGAAACGCUCCGCAUGUCAAAUAUUGUUCCACUUGCAACCACCCAUUCGCCUACAAAAGAUGUUCACCUUAAUGGCUACAGAAUCCCUGCAGGAUCUCAAGUUGUGCCUCUUAUCAACUGUGUGCACAUGGACCCCAAUCUGUGGGAGGAGCCCAACAAGUUUAAUCCAAGCCGUUUUAUCGACGACACGGGCAAGAUCAGACGUCCAGAAUUUUUCAUGCCUUUUGGUGUAGGUCGUCGCAUGUGCUUGGGCGAUGUCCUGGCCCGCAUGGAGAUGUUUAUGUUCUUUUCAUGUAUAAUGCACCAGUUCGAUAUACAACUAGAGGCUGGUGACGCACUUCCUUCACUGGAGGGCACAGUGGGCGCCACGAUCGCCCCACACGCCUUCCGCGUGAAGUUCCAGCCGCGAUCACCACCCGUGCCUGCCCCAUUUGGAACCGACCAUUUACACUUACGUCACGUUGGUGCGCACUGA